AAGAGUUGCCGCCUGUUAUGAUUCGACUUUCUGCUCAUUCAAGACAGGAGUCUUCACCAAGAAACAGUCGGAUCUCGAGUGCCGCCCAACACGAGCAAUGACGCAUUAGUCAAGCUUACAGACACGAGUGAGAUUCACAACUCCUUCAACUUUCAAGGCGUCCGUUUCUAGCCAAGCACAACCAUCCUUCCUACACGAAUACGCCAAGCGCAACCUACGACUCCCACGAAUUCAACUUGACCGACUGGACCAUCUGAAACCUACGAAACGCGCACCCGAGCGCACCGACUACGAAACAUGGACGUCGCGAACGGAGUGCGGAGAAAAGACACGACCAAGGGCCCGCCUUUGCGCAUCCUGUGUCUGGACGGCGGAGGUGUCCGCGGCUACAGCAUGUUGAUUAUCCUGCAAGAGUUGAUGCACCGGACAUUCGUCGAGAUCGAAGGACGCGCCCCAAAGCGACACGAGAUCCCGAAACCAUGCGAACACUUCGACCUGAUUGCUGGAACGGGUACCGGCGGCUUGAUCGCAAUCAUGCUGGGACGCUUACGACUGGACAUCGAGACUUGUAAAGACGUCUAUGUACGCAUGACCCGUCGUGUCUUUGAGACGGACAAGACGAUAGCUGGAAUACCAUACCGCUCUACUCUGUUCAAGGCCAGUAAACUCGAGGAAGCCAUCCGGGAAUGCGUAAGAGAGCACACAAUCUAUGACGACGAAGGCAACGAUUCCAAAGAUGCCGUCUCUUCAACCUCACGCCAAAGCCUUCAAGUUGCCCGACCUGCUCGCUCCGUCAGCGUUGCCAGCAGACACAGCACCAUUGGCAUGACCCCUGUGGACCCUCGCUCUUCUGUCGGAAUCUCAAGAUGGGGCAACCCAAAUGCGCUACUCUACGAUAGCCGCGAGAACAGGACAAAGACUGCAGUGACUGCUGUAUAUCGCGGCACUCCUAAGGGCGGCAAGCCUGCUUUAUUACGAUCAUACGACUCGCGCAAGGAACCUUCACCCGAAUAUAACUGCUACAUCUGGCAGGCUGGACGCGCCACUUCAGCUACUGCCCUGGCCUUCAAGCCGAUUCAAAUUGGUCAGAGUACUUUUCUGGACGAAGGUGCAGGUAAAUACAACCCAAGCCCUCAAAUUCUGGACGAGGCCGUUUGCAAUGAAUGGCCAGGAAGAGAGGUCGGCGUCUUCUUCAGUAUAGGCACUGGCAAACGUCCCCCAGGCACCAACAAUCGCCAACACGAGUGGUGGGAGGACUUUGUCGGAGGUGGCAUGGGUGACUUUGCCGAAGCCCGUCGCAGACUCAUCGCAAAGAUUGAGGCAUGCGAGGAGACACAUCAGUACAUGAUUGAGGAAUAUCUGUCGAAGCGUCAAGUCAACCGCCAGAACUACUAUCGUCUCAAUGUCGAGGUUGGUGUCGGCGAGUACGGCAUGAAUGAAUGGAAUCGCCUCGGCGAUAUCAGCACCAGUACACGUAUGCAUCUUGCCCGCCCCGAUGUACAGCAACAGAAUUUCGACGCUGCUGCCAAACUUGCGAAAAUUCAUUUCAGCAAGAACCGUCACGACCGACACCCAUCAUGGGAUGGACAAGAAGUCAUCAAUACAACCUUUUCUCGACAGAACGCUCCUCUUCCUCCGAUCCCACCGCCCAGCAACCCUCUUGCUGUUGAACUCCCAGCAGACGACGUCUUUCCGCCGCAAUCAUACCAACAGCGCCCUCCAACGUCACAACCUCCUAUGCGCCAAUCUUCAAUCUCUGACAUGAAAUACACAGUCGUAUCUGACGACCAAUGGCCUCAGCCUCUAGCCACACCGACCAGCGCCACACGACCUUCACCUCCUCCAGGCGCAUACCGACCUUCGAUGGAUUCUCUCCACCGCUCCAGUGGCUCAUUAAGCCAAUACCGUCCAGAAUCUCAGGACAGCGGCACCGCCAACUACGCCCCUCCCUUGCCUCCGAAAACACCCCUACCGUACCCCGAUACAUCUGCCCCUAUGAGUCCUACUCUUUCCAGCCCAACUGUUGGAAGCCCAAUGAGGCAUGCAUCUUAUGGUGGAGGAUCGUUCAACAUUGCACCUUUGCGACAAGCUCUGCCGCCGUACCCGGAUACCGACGGCCCUCCGCCUAUUGUCAACAUUGCGCGCAAGCCUGAAUAUACUGGCCCGCGAUAAGCGAUAUCAGCGGACAUGGCAUUUGGCAGCAACUGCUACUUCUUGGAUCUCGGACAACAAUCAUGGCGCAUAUUGAAGGAUAUCCACUGACUUUUGGCGUUUUGAUUCAACGGCAUUUUUACGUCAAAAGAGCAGGGCUUCGCUGGCAAAGGGACAAUAGGGUUCAAUGACAUAUGGAGCAUAUUGAGUCGCGAAUUCGGCCCUGAUCUUUACUUCUUCUCACGAAUAUUGUUUUCGUCUCAAAGUUUUUUUUGUUAUUGAUGAAUGAUACCACUCUGUUUCUCUGCUUCAGCUAAGCAUUUCGUCGUCCCUCAAAGCGACUCAGUUGAGCCAUAAUUCCAGUUACCUCAUAAACGUCG